AGUAGGGGAUGCCAAUCAAAGCAUCAACUUCAAAUUGUAUCUGAGAGAUCAGCCUGGAGACCUCAGGGCCAGGCGCGUCAGUCGGAGCGCAAUUGUUGAUCUGAUCACAUCCAGCGGACUUUGCGCGAGAAAAAAGAGGAAGCCGAGAUUUAAGAGCGGGUUGUUUUGACUGCAUACCACUGUAUGUCUGUAGUAGCUGUGACUUUGGCUUAAACACUUUCCCUUCACUCCACCGGGUUCUUUUUUUUCUUUUUUCUCUCUCUCGCACACUUUUUUUUUUUUUUUUACGCACAGUUUUGUCGGACGAAUACAGCUGUGCGACAAUUCGGCGGUGGAGAUGUCUUUCCCCCAGCUAGGCUACCCGCAGUACUUAAGUGCCUCCCAGGCGGUGUACGGGAGCGAGAGACCGGGAGUGCUUACGCCUUCGUCCCGGGGAGGGAGCACUGAAAUCGGGGGAAGUCCGUCCGCCACCGCAGCUGCGGUCACGUCGGUGUUGGGCAUGUACGCCAACCCGUACGCACACAACUACAGCGCUUUCUUACCGUAUACCAGCGCGGACUUGGCUCUUUUCUCACAAAUGGGGUCCCAGUAUGAGCUGAAGGACAGUCCUGGUGUCCAUCCUGCCAGCUUCGCAGCACACACAUCUCCGGCCUUCUAUCCAUACGGCCAGUUUCAGUACGGGGAUCCAGCCAGGCCCAAGAACGCCACCCGGGAGAGCACCAGCACCCUGAAAGCCUGGCUCAAUGAGCACAGGAAGAACCCGUAUCCGACCAAGGGGGAGAAGAUCAUGCUUGCCAUCAUCACCAAAAUGACGCUGACGCAAGUCUCAACAUGGUUCGCCAACGCCAGGAGGAGGCUCAAGAAGGAGAACAAGGUGACCUGGGGAAGCAGGAGCAAAGAGGACGGGGAGGAGAACUUGUUCGGCAGUGGAGACGAGGCCGAGAAAAACGAAGACGAGGAGGAGAUUGAUUUGGAGAGCAUAGAUAUAGACAAAAUAGACGACAACGACGGGGAUCAAAGCAACGAGGAUGAUGACGAUAAAUCAACGGAGGGGAGCAGGGACCACAGGGGCGGUGUCGGUGCGGGGGGAGAGUUGGACAGCUUGGAGAGAAGACGGGCCUUCGCCCUACAGGCCCAUGAGGCCUUUGACAAAUCUAAGAGCACAAUUUCAGUUCACCCAGGGAGUAAGGAGAACUCGGACGGCAACAACAACAACACAAGAGUUUUGUCUCCGGAUAGACCCGGGAGCUUUCCUCUCCCUUCUAACAAUAAGCCCAAAAUUUGGUCUUUAGCAGAAACCGCCACUAGUCCUGAUAGUUCAUCUCAGAAACCCACAUCCCCUUGUGCCCCAGCGGCCACCACUCACUCAUCAGCGCCCCACCACCAGAUCCAAACCCACCCGGCUUUCCUCCCUAGUCAUGGACUGUACACAUGCCAGAUUGGAAAGUUCCACAACUGGACAAACGGGGCUUUCUUGGGCCAGAACUCCCUGCUGAAUGUGAGGUCGUUUCUGGGAGUAAACCAGCACCAUCACCAUCACCAUCACCACAACCACCACUUGUCGGCCCAGCAGCAGCAGCAGCAGCAGCAGCCGACGUCAGUGGUAGUGUCGCCGGUAGCAGCUGCAGCAGCACUCAGCAAUGACAGCAAGGCCCCGUCAGAGACCCACAGUCCCAAGCACAUAGACCAUGAAAACGGUGUAAGGUCUGACUCCCCUCCAACACAGACCCUGAAGUCUUCCUUUCGACCCAUCCAUGACAGGUGAGACACGUUUUGCUUUUCUUGAUUGUUGGAAACACGUUGUCAGCUCCAGCCUUAUAUCAGAUUACAAAUGUAGAAUGCUAUGAUUAUUACUUUAAUUAAAAUGUAAACUAGGUCAGACUUCUUUUUUUUUUCCUCCUCGCAGCAAUAUUUAUAAGAGCAGUAAUUAAAAUAACUAGAACGAAGCAGCUGGAUGAGAAUUCAACUCCUGCAAUCAUCCAACAGAUAAGGGGACGCAAAGCUUUUUAACAAAAUCC